UUUAGUUAUCUAUUUUAAAUACAGUAGAGUGCACUUGUCAAUCCCAAACUCCCACUCUCUCCCACCCUUCCCCCCUGGUAACCAUAAGUUCUUUCUCUAAGUCUGUUCCCUGUCUCUUUAUAAUAAGAUUGAAUACUCUUUGCUUCACCAGGGGAGGUGAAUAGGCUUUAGGAAUUCAUCUUGAUAUUCCUUUUCUUAUAAUAGAAACAACAAUAACUACCUCAGAGGAUGUGAGGAUUUUGGAAUUCCAGGAUGGAUAGCCAUUCUGUUAACCAGAAUACAUUCCUCAUGUUGCAGCACUGCUCUAGGGAGAGUGGUCAAGAUUUUCCUUCAAUAAAUCCAAAUAAUACAUAACAAUUCACCUUUGGUGGGAUCUCCAGAAAUGAAAGGACAGACACAACUUGAAAUGAACAUGGAAGAAGAGAUAAGAUGAUUGAAUGGAAGCUAUUUCUAGGUAUUUUAGGGUGAAAUGAACUCAUGGUAGAAAUAAGUAAUGGAAAAAACUAAAGAAGUAGAAAUUGAUUGGAUGAAAUAAGACAAUUAAAUAGGGGGAUCUCCAACUAUCUGGAGCACACCAAGUUCAAAAUAGCUGGUCAAAACUGACCCUUAUUAUCUCAUUUCAAACCAUGUGAUUCCUCCCUCAAUCAAAGAUACAAAUUACUUGUUAUUGCUGGACACUCCAUUUUUAUUUUUAUUUUUUUUUUGGACACUCCAUUUUUAUUAAAUAUGGGAUUGCUGGGGCUUCCCUAGUGGCUCAGCAGUAAAAGAAUCUGCCUGCAAUGCAGGAGACUCGGGUUCAAUCCCUGAGUAGGGAAAAUCCCCUGGAGGAGGAAAUGGCAACACUCUCCAGUAAUCUUGCCUGGGAAAUCCUAUGGACAGAGAAGCCUGGUGGGCUACACUCCAUGUGGUUGCAAAAGAGACAGAUACUACUUAGCAACUAAACCACUGAAAUAUAUAUAUAGUACCUUAAUCAGAAGUGUUGCAAGGUGGCCUGGGUACUUUUUUAGACCUGUCUUCAGAAAGACAAGUUACAGAUAAAUAGAGGGAAUUUACAGGGCAAGAACAGCAGGGCAAGAUAAGGUUAUAGACACCUUAUCCUGUUCCAGAUUCUCUAUACCAAUCAUAAAGGGAGAGACCACUGACUACCAGAAAUUUUGGCCUACCUUGAUUCUGGGGCUUGUUAAGAAAAAAAAUUAUCCAAACUUGGAAAUAAGCCAAAAAGAUUACUAUCAUACUAUUAUAUGCCUGCCUAUCAAAAAAUUGUCUGACAAGUCAGCCCAAAGGUCAUCUGCUUCUGGGAGGGGAGAAGUUCAUUCAAUUAGAUAUUAUCUAUGUUUUUCCCCUACGAGUAGGGGGCUAUCAGCAACAGGACAAGUUCUCCACAGCUGAACCAGCUUUCCAUCUGUUUUUGCAUAGCUUCAAACUAAGGAUAAUUUUUACAAUCUUAAGUGAUUGGGAAAAUAUCUAAAGAAUAUUUUGUCACAGGUGAAAAGUAUAUGAAAUUCAAAUUCAAGUGUCCAUAAGGUUGUACUGGAAUACAGCCAGGCUCAUUCAACUAGAUAUUGUCUGUGUUUUUUAACUUCACACACAAGGUUUGCAGACCUCUUACCUAAGGGCUGUAACUGUGUUUUGUUUCUUAUUGAUAAGGGUUCAAAGUCUGGUGGUAGCUCUCUUACAUCAAAGCACCUAAGUUGGUCAAGAUCCCCUAACUGUGAAGCACCAUAUAAGCCAAGGUCUCUGUGUCCCUGCAACGGUUCCCCUCUGAAUAGUGAGCUAUCAACAGGACAGCCAGCAGACAAGCUCCUAGGAAACCACAUUCAGGAGGAACUCCCAGCCUCCUGCCUUUUCAAAGGAGCACUCCAGUCUUCCACUUGGCCAUUUCAUUUUGUAAUUUAAAAGAAACAGAAGAAAACUUUACAUUGCAAGAAAAUUUAAAUCUUGAGCAAAUAGUGAGUGAUAAUUUUUACUGUUUUAAGUAAACAGGAUAUGGGAAGCACCCAGUGAUGUCUGAAUGAAAUUAUACUUGUGUGGGGUUUCAGCGUUUUACUGCUGUAGGGAAAAAAGGAAGUUCACUCCUCCACAGCCAUUCUCCCACCCCCAAAGAGUAAAAUCUUUGCAACAUUUCUGUCUAUCAGAACAUCACUGUCACCCCGCAUCUUGUUGAAGAGAAUUCAAUCCAUCCAGGGAGUUUAAAUUGGAUUGUCCCAAUGGAGGGCUGGUGCAACGUGGCGGAGUCGGGGAGCGGCGGGGGAGGGGUGUGCCCAACUAGUGUUGAGUGAUGAAAACAGAAAUCCGGAUUCUGAACCUAGUUGAAUCAGACUUUGAUCGGGGUGGUUAGGGUUGAAGUUGGCCCUGGCCCUGUGGACCCAGGCUGGAAGUUAAGGGACGUUUUAUCCCCUGGAAAACCUGCCCCAGAGCCAGAGUCUGUAGGUCAGAAAGGUUAUCAUUAUCCAGCAGCACGUUACUCUGUUGAUUUUCUUUCUGUCAUCCCAGAGUCUUGGGCCAACCCCACCCCUGCUCUGUCUCCAAAGACUUAACAGAAAGGAGCAAACCCCCGGUUGCGUCGCGGGGAUGAGACGAGUCAACCGCACCCCGCCCCGCAUUCGCAGCUGGAGGCAGCCUCAGCCAAGAGCCUGUCCCCUCAUCGCCACGAUUCUCCCUCCCCCCGAGAACUUCUGGAACAAGAUGGGCCUGGCUCUACAGAUGAGGCCGAGCUUGCCGCGGAUACGAGACGGAGCCAGAAGCGCUGCUCUUCCUUAUCGGGUUCUUGCGAAAGUUAACCGAGCCAAUGAAAGUGCAAAGCACAAUCUGGAACAGCAUAAGCUGUCAAUCAACGGUCCCCAUAUCACUAUCGUGAACCCGUUAGCUACAACUCGGCGGGGAGGGGGGGGGCGGGAAAUCAACGUAGAACCGAAAAGGCCUGCAAAAGAGGCGGGAGGCGGGCAUCUGGAGUUGAGGGGGGCGGGGGAGAGCCCACGCCAGCAGCCAAUCCAGCUGUCCCCGGGAGGAAGAGGAGGAGCCACCGCCGACCCCGGGACCUCCCUGCUCAGUCCCGCGCCGCGCGUCUGCACCCGCGCCGCUCCUCGGUUCACCGCCUCCAUCCCGAGCGUGGCCGCCGCUCCUUCCUCGCCAGACAUGUCCUCAUGUGCCACUCCCGCUGCCGUGAAGAUUGGAGUAAUUGGUGGAACAGGCCUAGAUGAUCCAGAAAUCUUAGAGGGAAGAACUGAAAAAUAUGUGGAUACUCCAUUUGGCAAGCCUUCUGAUGCCUUAGUUUUGGGGAAGAUAAAGAAUGUUGAUUGCGUCCUCCUUGCAAGGCAUGGGAGGCAACAUACCAUCAUGCCUUCGAAAGUCAACUAUCAGGCGAACAUCUGGGCUCUGAAGGAGGAGGGUUGUACCCAUGUCAUAGUGACCACAGCUUGCGGUUCCUUGAAGGAAGAGAUUCAGCCUGGUGACAUCAUCAUCAUUGAUCAGUUCAUUGACAGGACUACCAGAAGGCUUCAGACCUUCUAUGAUGGAAAUCAUUCCUGUGCCAGAGGAGUGUGCCAUAUUCCAAUGGCUGAGCCAUUCUGCCCUAAAACAAGAGAGGUCCUCAUAGAGACUGCUAAGAAGCUAGGACUCAGGUGCCACUCAAAAGGGACAGUCAUCACCAUCGAGGGACCUCGUUUCAGCUCCCGGGCAGAAAGCAUCAUGUUCCAAACCUGGGGGGCGGAUGUUAUCAACAUGACCACAGUUCCAGAGGUGGUUCUUGCUAAGGAGGUUGGAAUUUGCUAUGCAAGUAUCGCCAUGGCAACAGAUUAUGAUUGCUGGAAGGAGCAUGAGGAAGCGGUUUCAGUGGACCGGGUCUUAAAGACCCUGAAAGAAAAUGCCAAUAAAGCCAAAAGCUUACUUCUCACUGCCAUACCUCAAAUAGGAUCCAUGGAAUGGUCAGAAACCCUCCAUAACAUGAAGAAAACGGCCCAGUGUUCUGUUUUGUUACCAAGACAUUAACAUAGCAUGGCUGCCCAGAAGACCAGGAGGCUUUGAAAUUCCAGUCCUUUUGUGAAUUCCUGCUUGAGAAAACAUAGAAAAGAUAUGCAGCUUUCAUGCCCUUGCUGCCCAAGGAAGACGUGAUAAGACAUUGCAUUCAUCAGAGAUGCCUUCUCAAAGACUUGGACUGCUUCAAAUAAUAGAAGGAAAGCAAAUUAUACUUAUAGAAAAGAAAAAAAAGAAGACACCUUUCACCAUUCCCCUAUUAAAUCUGUAGCAAUAAAGGUAGUAAUAUUCCUAUGCUGCCAAGGAAUUUGAAGAAGAAAAGCUCUUGGACUGUUUACUGGUGUGACUGUAAGUUGGUAUAAUUUUUUUGGAGGGCAGUUUGGUUAAAAUGUAUCAAAGGCUUAAAAAAUAGUCUUUGUGCUGGUUAAACUCCUGGGAAUUUAUCUUUAAGGAAUUAUCAGAGAUACAUAUAAAUAAUUAUGAAUAAAGAAGGAUGUAUAACAUAGUUAUCAUAGCAAAUAUUCAAAACAAUCUGAAUAUCUAACAGAUGGAGGUAAAUCAUGGUCAAGCUCUUAAUUAGACUGUGAAGCAGCCAACUGAACAUCAUGGCUUCACAUAAUGUACAAAACACAUUGCUGCUAUAUAAUAUGGAAUGAGGAUAUGUAAGCAUUUUACAGUACUAAUUUUGUUUUAAAAUUCUACAGUUAUGUACAAAGACUAGAAAGAAAUAUAUGCACUCUUCUGUUACUGUAUUUGGGAAGAGGGAUACUGGAUAAUUUUUACUUUUUCCAUUUCUUCACAUUUUUCUACAAUGAAUAUAAUCAAAUAGUGAAGUUUUAGAAAUAAAAAUGGGCUUAGAAAGAUCCAGUUCUUGAAAACCCACUGUUUUGGGUAAUGCAGCAGAAGUUAAGAUGGCACUGCUAAGAGGAGUUCUGUUUGAGUUCCAUCUUUAUAUUGUUAAAAAGACCAUUUUUGACUCUGGUUAGAACAAUAUUUGGGUUUGCAACAAUGUGAGAAAAGCUGAGUGUUUAAUAUGGAGCUAAUCUUAAAUUAUUUAAGAGGCCAUAUACACACAUUAUAGUGUGUCAGAUAUUUUUAAAACUGAUAUUUGACUUUUUGUUUCUACACCUUUUUAUGAUUUGAUGAAUUAUUUUACAUGAGUUGAUUUUUUAAAAAUAAAAAAAUGGAAGCAUCUUACUGUUUUUUAUUCUCAAUUUUAUAGGAAUGUGGUUUGUUUUCUUAUAGAGAUCAUUUUUCCCUUAGAAUUACUCCUCACUGUAGUUUGUUCCUCAGUCCUUUAGUAAUGUAAUGUAUAUAUCUGUCCUGUUUAAAGAGAACGUAGAAUAAAUGUGUUUGUGUCUAAGGAAUUGUCUUCAAGAUAAUGAACUGCUAAUUGUAAAUAAUAAACUAGUUACCCUUGAGCAUUAA